UAUUCGCACAUGGUUUGUUUACGUCGGUAAGUGAUUUGUGCUGAGUGUGCCUUCAGAGCGUUUUUGGAAGACUUCUGCUAUGAAACCUAAUGCUUCUUAUAUUAAUUUGAAAUACGAUGUUAGAUUAAAGUGCUUGUAAGCAUCCAUAUAGAAUAAAAGUAUCAUACUUAGUUUCUGUAUAUUUAAAAAAACAUGGUGUACCUACAUUUUCCGUCUCAGUUAACGGAGGAAGAAGAAAUGCUAAAGAAAAAGUAUGAAAAACUAAGACGUAAGAAAAAAGCUUUCCAAAAUUUGAAUGCUCCUAAACAGGAACCCCCUCCUCCGAAACCUUUAAAGCGUCCACUUGAAGCAAAACCUGAUGCUAAAGAGGUCGCAAAGAAACUCCUCAAGUCUGGUGCUAUCAGUGCUAUUAAAGUCGAAAAUAAAGAGCGACAAGGAUUUAAAAGACCUAAAGCUUUGGAAAGGAAGCGUAAUGCCUGUGAUAAAACUAAUAGCUCUGUAACAGGAUAUCAACCAUUUUCUGCAUCUCAUUCUCUUGAAGAAGAGCUUCCAUCAUUAGGAUCGCCAAAUGAUUCAGCUUCUGAUUCCCCAAACAGCAGUGGUCGCCCUCCAGUGAGAAAACUUUAUGAAAGUUUUGUUAGUUCCAGAAAACUUGAAGAUGAGAUUAAAGAAGAACGAGCACGGGAAAAUCAGCGAAGGGAAAGGGACAGGGAUGGAAGACCUGAAAGGCCACGCCAGGGAAAUACUAUUUAUGUACGAGGAUAUGGUGUCACGCAAGAGAUUUUGCAAAAAGCCUUUGAGCCAGUUGGUAGUAUUAUCAAUAUUUCAAUGGAAAUGGAUAAAAAUUGUGGUUUUGUGACUUUCGAAAAGAUUGAGCAAGCUGAAACAGCAAUUAAAGAAGUUAAUGGAACGACUAUUAGUGGUGUACGUCUUAAUGUCUCCUUAGCAAGGCGACAACCUCUAAUUCCACCACUGGGUGAAGAUUCAUCUUCGUCAUCAUGGGCUACACUUGCUGUCAAUUUCCCACAAAAAGCAAAUCAUGCAGAUUCAAGAAAUCUUAUUGUAUAUGAAGAUAUAUAAUUAGAGAACUAAUCAACAAAGCAAAUAAUACGGAACUCAAGAAAUCAGUUUAACAAGUUAUAUAGAACUCAAUAUCCUUUUCUAACCAUCAUGUUAUUUUGAUGACAUUAUAUCAACAGAAUUAAAGUGCAAAAAAUAUAGAUACUCCGUAUUAACACAACCACGUUGGUGUAAUCUGACUGAGGAAAUUGAUGAAACUUUUUUUUCCAUGGUGUCAUUUCCAAAUUUGAAUGCUUAGUUUUACUAAUAUUGAGAAGGCAUAAAUAAUCAAGAGGGUGCACCAUAAAUUUAUAUAAAAUUAACCAUGAGGAGAUUUAUCAACUGAAAGAAAGUUAUUAUUACCCGAAGAAUUUUGCAGAAAAAUGCCAAAUUUUUCUCUUGUGGUCGCUUACUUUUCUGUGGCAUUCUAAACCUUUGAUGAUAAUGUAUACACCAGCCUUGCUAGAUUUUAGUUUCUUCAUCAGAUGUUGAAAGUGCAGAUAUACCUAAUGCUGUGCAAGCGACUUUGUGCUUAUUGGUGGCAAUAACAGAUUAUUGCAGCGAUCACUUCGGCCAGAAGCACAGAAAUAGUCUAGUUUUUGAGAAGUUUUAAUUCUUAUUUUUUCACGCAAUUCAUAAAUAAUAAUAAGUGUAAUAAUAAAAUCAUGUUUUACUGUACUAGUAAAUAAAACUUUGCAUUGCAUGCUUUUCUCACA